GUGGGCGGCCGGGGUCUAGGCACCACGGUGGCCUGCGGCCUGCGGGCGGCGCUGUGGCCCGUCGGGCGGCCCAGAAGAGCCGCCCUAGCCUCCCGCCUACCCCAAGCCAACGUCUCCGCCGUCGGCUCCGCGGCGCCGCCAUGGCCGACGUGGAAGACGGAGAGGAAACCUGCGCCCUGGCGUCUCACUCCGGGAGCUCAGGCUCCAAGUCGGGAGGCGACAAGAUGUUCUCCCUCAAGAAGUGGAACGCGGUGGCCAUGUGGAGCUGGGACGUUGAGUGCGAUACGUGCGCCAUCUGCAGGGUCCAGAUGCCUGUCUUAGAUGUCAAGCUGAAAACAAACAAGAGGACUGUGUUGUGGUCUGGGGAGAAUGUAAUCAUUCCUUCCACAACUGCUGCAUGUCCCUGUGGGUGAAACAGAACAAUCGCUGCCCUCUCUGCCAGCAGGACUGGGUGGUCCAAAGAAUCGGCAAAUGAGAGUGGUUAGAAGGCUUCUUAGUGCAGUUGUUCAGAGCCCUGGUGGAUCUUGUAAUCCAGUGCCCUACAAAGGCUAGAACACUCCAGGGGAUGAAUUCUUCAAAUAGGAGCUGAUGGAUCUGUGGUCCUUUGGGACUCAUCAAAGCCUUGGUUUAGCAUUUUGUCAGUUUUAUUUUCAGAAAUUCUCUGCGAUUAAGAAGAUAAUUUAUUAAAGAUGGUCCUUUCUACCUCUGUGGUGUGUGUCGCGCACACAGCUUAGAAGUGCUAUAAAAAAGGAAAGAACUCCAAAUUGAAUCACCUUUAUAAUUUACCCAUUUCUCUACAACAGGCAGUGGAAGCAGUUUCAGAGAACUUUUUGCAUGCUUAUGGUUGAUCAGUUAAAAAAGAAUGUUAUAGUAACAAAUAAAGUGCAGUUUAAAACCCAACUCUUAUUCUUAAUUUGUUCCUAAUAUGUAUUUUUGGCAGGGAAAGGGAGUGGUCCAUGAAAUCUUUAUGUGAUGUGAGGAUUUUAAGUUUGGGCCAGUGAACGGGGUAGAUAAAAUUUAACUUUUAGGCAUAUGGAAUUUUGAUUGCCUUUAAAGUUACUAUUCUCUGUCAUUCAGCAAGAAAACGUAGAUCUGCACUCACCUCACUGUUCAAUCAUUGAGUGGUAAAGGACAGAAGUAUUUUCUGGUUCUGGUCAGAUGAUGUAAUUUUUUUUUUUUUUUUUUGAGGUGAAGUGAAGUCUUGCUCUGCCACCCAGGCUGGAGUGCAGUGGCAUGAUGUCAGCUCACUGCAACCUCCACCUCCCAGGUUCAAGCGAUUCUCCUGCCUCAGCCUCCCGAGUAGCUAGGAUUAUAGGCAUGUGCCACUACACCUGGCUGAUUUUUGUGUUUUUAGUAGAGACAGGUUUCCCCAUGUUGACCAGGCUGGUCUCGAACUCCUGAGCUCAGGUGAUCCGCUCACCUUGCCUCCCAAAGUGCUGGGAUUACAGGUGUGGAUCACUGCGCCCGGCCCAGAUGAUAUAAUUUAACUGUGUUUUAGGUAACAUGUUAAUAAGGGAAAAUGUUUACCAGUGUAGCAUUGGGUCAAAAAGUUUAUUUUAUCACACAAUGUUUUAAUAAAUGGUUUAUUCUGCUUACCUUAUUUGAAUUGUCAUUAUAAUUUUAUGUGCAACCUUAAACUUAAUAAACUUGUCGAGUAAAUACUUUAAUUUGAAAAAAUUCAUAUGCAUUUGCUCUUUCAUUUGACAAUAAUAAAAUUUAAGGUUUAUUACCUGGAAACAGUGCAAGAAAAUACUAAACUUUAUCAAACUGUUUCACACUGAGGGGAGGUUAUUUUGUAACAAAUAACAGACCACAAGUUCAUUUUGGAUUCUUCUGUGGUAGAGUCUACUGAUACGAAUUUAAGAAAAAACCUUAGAAUCUUAACUUUUCACAUCUGCAGAUUCAGUUUGCCAUUCUGAAUUUUUAAAUCUAAGAGAUGUGGAUACAUAGAAUGUUUAAAAACGUUAACAAUUAGAAUAAAAAAUUAAAAUUAUGCUUUU